CCAUUCUCAACUAUCAUGGAAUUCCCCUUCGGCCACGGCCACGGCCACGGCCACGGCCACGGUCACCAUCACCAUCAUGGCGACGAAGAUGAAGAAGACGAUAGACGUCGCCACCAACACGCCGGCGUCUAUCCCCCACCUGGCAUCCAUGAUCGAGGCUACGAUCCUCCUCCGCCGUUUUCCAGCGGCUCAGCUCACCAUGUCUCUCAUGAACCAGGGCCAGUAUACCCGCCUCCUGGCGUAACCCAUGCUUACCCCCCACCUGGCGUGCACCACGUCUCUCAUGAUCGAGGCUACGAUCCCCCUCCACCGUUUUUCGGCGGCUCUGCUCACCACGUGUCUCAUGAGCCGGGGCUAGGGUACGGCCCGCCGCCUCCGUUAAUCACGGCUGAUGUUGUGCCUCCGCCACAUCGGCCGUUCGCUGGAGCUCCAGUCCAGCAUGUUGCUCAUGAGGCUCCUUACGGUCAUCGCCCAGGAUACGCUGAGCACGUCAGUCAUGAAAGCUGGGAUGGUGGGGCGUUGAAUAAUCUGCCGACGGUGAGGAUAUAUACCAAGGCGGAGGAGAACUACUCGCUGUCGAUAAGGGAUGGGAAAGUCGUUCUCGAGUUGAAGAAUCCUAGUGACAAACGCCAGCAUUGGAUUAAGGACCUCAAAUACAGCACGAAGGUAAAGGAUAAAGAGGGUUACCCCGCGUUUGCUCUUGUUAAUAAAGCUACUGGUGAAGCCGUGAAGCACUCCUUAGGAGCAACUAAACCAGUUAGUUUAAUCCCAUACGACCCGAGUAAUCCCGAUGUAUCGGUACUUUGGACUGAGAGCAAAGACUUGGGCGAUGGUUUCCGGUGCAUUAGGAUGGUAAACAAUAUUCUUCUCAACUUUGAUGCAUUUAAUGGAGAUGAACAGCAUGGAGGAGUGCGUGAUGGAACCAUUAUUGUUCUGUGGGAGUGGCUCAAGGGAAAGAACCAGAGGUGGAAGAUUGCUCCUUACUGAUAAAUCUGAGGCACAGAUCGGUGAUACUUUUUAUGUAUGAAUAAACAUGUUUUAUGAUGUUAUGAUGUGCUCAUAUGCAACGUUAUAUAUGUUAGGCCUUCUAAUAUUGUUUCCAUGUGUUCACGUUUGAACAUGAUAAUGACUAUUGUCCUUUUUGUGUUUGCUAAAUGUCAAAAGUUUGGUUGUCUUUUUA